UUUAAUUCAACAGACGUUGGUUUAGGGAUGGGGAAGCCGGUAGGAGAUGCAAAAACGUCCUGUUUUUCAGGAAUUUACAAUCUAAGUGGCAGUUCCGUUCCUGGAACCUAUCUUCUUUCGCAGAUGCCGUUACAGCUGUCUCAAAGACUGCUGGUUUUGAAAACGCUCAGUCCCUCCCACCACGCUGUCCACUGCUGCGCUCCACUCAGGGGAUUACGGCGCAGGGGCGGACCCUCGCUGACUUCUGCCCCGGAAGUUUUUCUCUCAGUUGGAGCGCGCACAUUGAGUCGGCUUUUCUACUGCGUGGGCUGGGGUACCUUGUGACCAUGUCUUCCAAGAAGAACAGAAAGCGGUUGAACCAAAGCGCGGAAAAUGGUUCGCCCUUGCCCUCUGCUGCUUCCUCUUGUGCGGGGGCACGGGCUCCUUCUGCUGGAUCAGACUUCGCGGCAACCUCCGGGACUCUGACGGUGACCAACUUAUUAGAAAAGGUAGAUGACAAAAUUCCUAAAACAUUCCAGAAUUCCCUUAUUCAUCUUGGACUCAACACUAUGAAGUCUGCAAAUAUAUGUAUAGGUCGACCAGUGUUGCUUACUAGUUUGAACGGAAAGCAAGAGGUAUAUACAGCCUGGCCUAUGGCAGGAUUUCCUGGAGGCAAGGUCGGCCUGAGUGAAAUGGCACAGAAAAAUGUGGGUGUGAGGCCUGGUGAUGUCAUCCAGGUCCAGCCUCUUGUGGGUGCUGUGCUACAGGCUGAGGAAAUGGAUGUGGCACUGAGUGACAAAGAUACGGAAAUUAAUGAAGAAGAACUGACUGGUUGUAUCCUGAGAAAACUAGAUGGCAAGAUUGUUUUACCAGGCAACUUUCUGUAUUGUACAUUCUAUGGACGACCGUACAAGCUGCAAGUAUUGCGAGUGAAAGGGGCAGAUGGCAUGAUAUUGGGAGGGCCUCAGAGUGACUCUGACACUGAUGCCCAAAGAAUGGCCUUUGAACAGUCCAGCAUGGAAACCAGUAGCCUGGAGUUAUCCUUACAGCUAAGCCAGUUAGAUCUGGAGGAGACCCAGAUCCCAACAUCAAGAAGUACUCCUUAUAAACCAAUUGAUGACAGAAUUACAAAUAAAGCCAGUGAUGUUUUGUUGGAUGUUACACAGAGCCCUGGAGAUGGCAGUGGACUUAUGCUAGAGGAAGUCACAGGUCUUAAAUGUAAUUUUGAAUCUGCCAGAGAAGGAAAUGAGCAACUUACUGAAGAAGAGAGACUGCUAAAGUUCAGCAUAGGAGCAAAGUGCAAUACUGAUACUUUUUAUUUUAUUUCUUCAACAACAAGAGUCAAUUUUACAGAGAUUGAUAAAAAUUCAAAAGAGCAAGACAACCAAUUCAAAGUAACUUAUGACAUGAUAGGAGGAUUAAGUAGCCAGCUGAAAGCAAUUAGAGAAAUAAUUGAAUUGCCCCUCAAACAGCCUGAGCUUUUCAAGAGUUAUGGAAUUCCUGCCCCUAGAGGAGUGUUACUUUAUGGUCCUCCAGGUACUGGAAAAACAAUGAUCGCCAGGGCUGUUGCUAAUGAAGUUGGAGCCUAUGUUUCUGUAAUUAAUGGUCCUGAAAUUAUAAGCAAAUUCUAUGGUGAGACUGAAGCAAAGUUACGUCAGAUAUUUGCUGAAGCCACUCUACGACACCCAUCAAUUAUUUUUAUUGAUGAGCUGGAUGCACUUUGUCCGAAAAGAGAGGGGGCCCAGAAUGAAGUGGAAAAAAGAGUUGUGGCUUCACUCUUAACACUGAUGGAUGGCAUUGGUUCAGAAGUAAGUGAAGGACAAGUGUUGGUUCUUGGGGCCACAAAUCGCCCUCAUGCCUUGGAUGCUGCUCUCCGAAGACCUGGGCGAUUUGAUAAAGAGAUUGAGAUUGGAGUUCCCAAUGCUCAGGACCGGCUAGAUAUUCUCCAGAAACUGCUUCGAAGGGUACCCCAUUUGCUCACUGAGGCUGAGCUGCUGCAGCUGGCAAAUAGUGCUCAUGGAUACGUUGGAGCAGACUUGAAAGUCUUGUGUAAUGAAGCAGGUCUCUGUGCCUUGCGGAGAAUCCUGAAAAAACAGCCUAACCUCCCUGAUGUCAAGCUGGCUGGACUGGUGAAGAUUACUCUGAAGGAUUUCUUGCAGGCAAUGAAUGACAUCAGACCCAGUGCCAUGAGGGAAAUAGCAAUUGAUGUCCCAAAUGUAUCCUGGUCAGAUAUAGGAGGACUGGAAAGUAUCAAACUGAAGUUGGAACAGGCUGUGGAAUGGCCCUUAAAACAUCCAGAGUCUUUCAUUCGAAUGGGUAUUCAGCCACCUAAAGGAGUUCUUCUCUAUGGGCCACCUGGGUGCUCUAAAACAAUGAUAGCAAAGGCUUUGGCCAAUGAGAGUGGACUGAAUUUUCUAGCUAUAAAGGGGCCUGAAUUAAUGAAUAAAUAUGUUGGUGAAUCUGAAAGAGCAGUUAGAGAGACCUUCCGAAAAGCAAGAGCAGUGGCGCCUUCCAUUAUUUUCUUUGAUGAACUGGAUGCCUUAGCAGUUGAAAGGGGCAGUUCUUUAGGUGCUGGGAAUGUAGCCGAUCGUGUUUUGGCUCAGCUCUUAACAGAAAUGGAUGGGAUUGAACAGCUAAAGGAUGUGACCAUUUUGGCAGCUACUAACCGUCCAGAUAGGAUAGACAAGGCUUUGAUGCGGCCUGGAAGACUUGAUAGAAUCAUCUAUGUGCCUUUACCGGAUGCAGCAACAAGAAGGGAAAUAUUUAAGCUGCAGUUUCACUCCAUGCCUGUCAGUAAUGAAGUUGACCUGGAUGAACUCAUCCUUCAAACCGACACAUACUCAGGAGCAGAGAUUGUAGCCGUCUGCAGAGAGGCAGCUCUUCUGGCUCUGGAAGAAGACAUUCAAGCCAAUCUCAUCAUGAAAAGACAUUUCACUCAGGCCUUGAGCACUGUGACACCUAGAAUUCCUGAGUCAUUGAGACGUUUUUAUGAAGAUUAUCAAGAGAAGAGUGGGCUGCAUACACUCUGAGAAAAUAUAUAUAUUCAAGAUGCUGAAAAUCCUUUCCAGAGAAAAUUUGUUUCUUUUUAAAAUUUUUUGAGAGUGUUAAAAAAAAUUUUACUAGGCAAAAUGUUUGAAGUAUGUUCAGUAGAAUUUAGGGGCUUUGGUUCUUACAGAUUUUCAAGUCAUGUAAGUACAGUGAAAAUAUCUCUGAGCAUAAGUUUCAAUCAGUUUUACCUGGAAAUUUGUGGUGCAGUUUAAAAAACAAAUGUUUAGCUUUUUCAUUUGCGACCUAGUCUGUUCAUCCCAUGAAGCGAUUUCUUUUUCCAGAAUCUGUUUGAGUGUCUUUCUAAAAUGCCAAACAUGUUGGCAUCAAUUUUAUACAGGGAUAUAAAAAAGUGUAUGUGGAUAAAUUUUUUGUAAUCUUUAUUUUUGAAGGGCAGCCAGUAAAAUGGCCCAAUGUGCCAGCCAGGCUUAUGUGGCCUUGUUUUCAAAUAUACAUAUAUGUGUUAUCAUUAAAAUUCAUAUAUGCAUUUUUGUUUUAGCCUUCUUAAUCUCUACCUAUGGCCAAAAAAAUUUUUUUUGAGAGAUAUUUUGUAUAAUACAAUGCCCUUUGAAAGUGUAAGCCCACUCUAAGCCUAGAUCAGUAGGCUUGGGUUUUUUUUGUUGUUUGUCUUUUUUUUUUUUUUUGAGACAGAGUCUCACUCUGUCGCCUAAGCUGGAGUGCAGUGGCACGAUCUUGGCUCACUGCAACCUCCGCCUCCUGAGUUCAAGCAAUUCUCCUGCCUCAACCUCCUGAGUAGCUGGGACUACAGGCGUGCACCACCACACGCAGCUAAUUUUUAUAUUUUUAGUAGAGACAAGGUUUCACCAUGUUAGCCAGGCCGGUCUCGAACUGCUGGCCUCAGGUGACCCACCCACCUGAGCCUCCCAAAGUGCUGGGAUUACAGGCAUGAGCCACCAUACCUGGAGAGGUUUUGUGUUUUUGGUUUUUUUUUCAUAAAAUGCUUUUAAUAAAUCAUAUGAAGCAUUCAUGUUUUUACUUAUACAUAUUUUCAGGGUACCAGUAAACUUUUUAGUUCAAAGAUAGGCCAAAUUGUACUUUUUUUUUUUAUGAGACAGAGUCUCGCUGCUCUGUCGCCCAGGCUAGAGUGCAGUGGCGUGAUCUAGGCUCACUGCAAGCUCUGCCUCCUGGGUUUACUUACGCCAUUCUCCCGCCUCAGCCUCCUGAGUAGCUGGGACUACAGGUGCCCACCACCAUGCCCGGCUAUUUUUUUUUUUUUUUUUUUUGUAUUUUUAUUAGAGACAGGGUUUCACCGUGUUAGCCAGGAUGAUCUCGAUCUCCUGACCUCGUGAUCCGCCCGCCUCGGCCUCCCAAAGUGCUGGGAUUACAGGCAUGAGCUACUGCGCCCUGCCACCAAAUUGUAAUCUUAAGCAUAUUAUGUUGCAUUCUAAAUAUGUAUAUUUAUGCUUCUUGUUAUUUAUCCUCAGGAUUUCUUCACACUUUAUUACUUCAUAAAUACUCUUGAAAAAGCUUUCAGAAAGCGAUUCUCUGACUUCAGAUCAGAAACUGGCAAUGGGAAGAAUGUGCACUUAAACUUGAUCACUGUAGAUCUUUGAAAAUUCCCAGAAAGACAAAUCAGACAAGAAAUACCUGAUUAUCAAAAUAAUGGGCUAUACAGUUUUGUGGUGACAUACAUUCCUUGUUUGUUUGUUGAGAGAUAGGAUCUUGUGUCACCCAGGCUGGAAUGCAGUGGCACAGUCGUAGCUCACUGCACCUUCAGACUCCUGGAGUUCAAGUGAUCCUCCUGACUCAGCCUCCUGAGUAGCUAGGACAACAGGUGCACACCGCCAUGUCGGGCUAAUUUUUUUUUUUAAACAGAGAGACAGAGUCUUGCUGUGUUGCCCAGGCUGGUCUCCAACUCCUGGCCUCAGGUGACCCUCCUGCCUCAGCUUCCCAAAGGGCUGAGAUUACAGGUAUGAGCCACCAUGCCCAGCCUGUGGUGACAUAUAUUCUGAAGUCACAUCUCAAAUAUUUAAUCCUCAAAUAUAUUUACAUCCUCAAAAAUAUCAGAUUUUCAAGACAACACUGGUUUACCAGUACAUAAACCCACCUAGGGGACAAAGAAUAUUACCACUUAGAACUGUGUUGUCAAAUACAAUAACCACUAAUUGUAUCUGACCAUUUUAAUUAAUUUAAUUAAAAUUAAAUAAUAUUUAAGAAUGAGUUUAUCAGACAUAUUAGCCACAUUUCAAAUGCUCAAUAGCUACAUGUGGCAAGGGUCUGCCACACUAGACAGAGUAAAAAACAUUCCCAUCAUUCAGAAGGUUCUCUUGGACACCGCAGAUCUGGAAAACAAGACUUCCAUAUUGAAAUAAAUACAACCUCAAAACUUUUAUGCUCUGUGUUCCCUUUAGUUGUUAUUUACAUAGAAAAUUAUGAAACGAGAGAGGAACUUACCUUCUUCCCUAUUAAAUAUAUGGCUAAGGGCACAAGAAAAUAAGAGGAAAACUUAUCCUUCAGGGCCUAAACAAGGAAAUGAAAGAAAUCUCAUUCCCAAUAAAAUAAAAACCAGAAGCUUGAAAUGACUCAGGCGCAGGAGGCUGGGUGGUGGGGAGGAGGGUAGCAGUCUCAAUCAACAAGUUUAGAUAUUAAUAGCCACUCAAAGCCUUCAGCCCAUAUAACAUGAAGUUACAACUGAGCUCUGCACAUAAUGCUCAAGCUCUAUAAUAACCAACACUCUCAGCACAAGGGUAGACAAGAAAAGAAAAAUCUCCUGCUGGCCAGGAACACCACAAGGAGCCUUUCUGACUUGGCCUGUGCUUUUGAUUUUUAAAACAUUUUUUAAAAGAGGCCUCUCUGGGCUGGGCGCGGUGGCUCAUGCCUGUAAUCCCAGCACUUUGGGAGGCCGAGGCAGGUGGAUCACGAGGUCAGAAGAUCAAGACCAUCCUGGCUAACACAGUGAAACCCCGUCUCUACUAAAAAUUCAGAAAAUUAGCCGGGAAUGGUGGUGGGCGCCUGUAGUCCCAGCUACUCGGGAGGCCGAGGCAGGAGAAUGGCAUAAACCCGGGAGACGGAGCUUGCAGUGAGCCGAGAUUGCGCCACUGCACUCCAGCCUGGGUGACAGAGCGAGACUCCGUCUCAUAAAAAAAAAAAAAAAAAAAAAAAAACCUCUCUGAGAAUUCUGACUAUGAGCUAACCUGCCCAUGGCUUUAGGAUUUGAAUUCACACUACCUUCAAAUUCAUGAAACCUCAAAACCUACAAAUUAACCUAAAAACAUGGAGCCAAGCUAAAAAUGCCCUGGGGGUAACUAGCACUUGGACUAGUUACAGGAAUGUAGCUUUGUCUCAGAGGAUUCCAAAAGCUAAUGCCUUGCUUACCAAGGGCUUGUAAUCUCACAGGAUGUGACGGGUGGGGCCUCAGAUCUGCUGAUGGGAGCAUAAAUUGGUACAACCACUUUGGAAGGCAACUGGCUGUCUAGCAAAGUUGAAGACCCUACAAUCUAACGGUUCUCCUAGGUGCAUAUCCCAGAGCAAGUCUCACAUUGAUGCAGUGAGAUAGUGAAUAGGAAAGUUCAUAGCACCAUUAUUUUUAAGUAGUAAGAACCUAGAAACAAUCUAAAUAUCCAUCAGUAAUAGAUAUAUGUGAUAGUCAUACAAUGGAAUACUGUGGCAAUAAAAAAUAAUUAGAGCUACAUAUGAAAUAGGGAUGAAACACGGAUGAACAAAGAAUGUUUUAGAAGAAUAUGAUAUUUAAAAUUUGAAGCAUGAAAAAUAUAUGUUUAUGGGGGCAUAUAUAGUGGAAGAAUAAAUGAAUAGAAAAGAAAAGCACCAAAUACUGGUGAGGAAUUUCCUCAGGGGAGAAAAGUUGAGCUGCUUCAAUUGUGUCAGUAAUGUUUCAUAUCUUAGGGUGGGUGAUGGGAAUAUAGGUGCUGAUUUAAUAUAGUCUGUACUUUUUGUGUACCAAAAUAUUUCGUGGUAAUUUUUAAAAAGAUGGGCCUUAAACCAAUACAGUCAUACCAUUUAACUCGAUUCCAUGAAUUUACAAUGCAAUCCACAGUGCCCACAACCCCAUGUUUCUGGAAAAUCAGGAGUAUUGGGUACAAUGGAAUAAAAUGCAAGAAGGCAAAUAAGAGAUCAGGCUUUUAGGACCUAGGAAACAAAUAAAGAGAAAUUUGUUGCUGAAAGUAAUGUGUAGAUGACACUCUCAUUACCUGACACAAUGGGAGACAUUAUGUCUGGGAAUAAGACAUCUAUUUCCAUAGCACUGUAGUCCUGCAAAGGAGUUGGAAGUUAUGAAUUUUUAAAGAUUUUAGAACAUUAUAUCUUUAGUCUCUCAUAAGCCAAUUAUUUAUAUCUCCACAUAGCCCAUUAUUACCAUUGAAAAGGCAUGCAAUUCUUCUAUUUGAAGCUUGUUCCCUUUUUACAAAAGUACUAGUAAAAAUCUGAGUCACAAAAGAGCAGGUCAGGUGUCACUAAUAACAGUUUACCUCAGCUUCAUCUCCAUGAAGGUUUUACUUCUAAUCCCAGAGUCUCAUGUUUAUGUAUUACAAGAGUGUAUGAAAGCUGGGCAUGGUGGCACACACCAGUAGUCCCAGCUACUCGGUUGGGGGUUGAGGUGAGAGGAUCGCUUGAACUCAGGAGUUUGAAUCCAGCCUGGUCAAUGUAGCGAGAUCCUAUCUCUUAAAAAAAAAAAAAAAAAGGGAAAACAGUGUAUGAUCCUAUUAUUUGGGUUUGUGUGUGAUCGAAUACAUGGUAUAUAGUUCAUGGAAAAUUUAAGUUCAGCAAGGAAAGAAAAUGGCCAGCUUCCUGUCUUAGGAAGACAAUUUACUUUUUGGCAUCUGUUUGGUUGAAAGUUUGCCUUUGAUCCAGAUUCUUUCGGAUGUCAGGGAUAUUCACAUUGACAUGUCUUUUUAGUGUUCCAGGAGAUUUUAGUUUGAAUAGUACAAUUUUUUCUUCUUACAACAAAACUUAGAACGGCUUCUAACUUAUUUCUUCAUGGCCAAGAAACUACCCUAACUUAUCUCGAUAAAUAUUUAGUUCUGUCUUAUUUCUAAUGUGUAAAACAGGUUUUAAAAAUAAUGUAUAGAUUUUGCAUUUAUAAAAAAAGAUUUAAUUUAUAGAACCAAACUUGAACAUAUGUUUAAUUUAGCCUAAUCAGAAGGUUACAGAAAAAGUUGCUGUAAAGAUAGAAUAAAAAUAUUGUACUGGUCUGUUUUUACUGAA